AUGGAUGACCUCACCUCCCCAAGUGCCUCAGACUACUCGCUGGACAGGACCCCCACUAAUACUUCCAACAAUACCAGUGGGAUAGUUCCCGGUAGUAACACCAGGCACUACAAACUCGCAGCCGGGAAACAUCCGCGGACUCGCCGCAGGCCAUCCAACCGUGACGAGUUUGACGGGCCACACCAAUUCCUCAAACGGCCUCCUCCAGAAUACAUCGCCCUCCAGGAGCGAGAACUCCCCCGCCUGCCAACACACCUCCACAUCCAGGAACAGGACGCGGUCCUUAACCAAGUCAAUGAACGCCUAUCUCAGUGCGCCUACGACUUCGUGGCCAAGUAUCAGUUCCCAAUCCCACUGACGCAUGACAUGCGGCCCGUCGAACGGCCCCAGGACCGCGAGUGGACCGAGUGGGUGUACCUGCUGAAGCGGUUGGCCACAAAGAGGCGGAUCCCGGCCAGGGUGCUAUAUAACGGGCAGAUCAAGCAGUUUGUGACGGUGUUGGAGAACUCCCUCGAGAUGAAACAUGCGGCGAAGAACCAGAGCCGGCCGCUAAAGGAUGAUCGGAAUAUCCUGCAAUUGAUCUCGGCGGGAAUCCAAGUCGCGAAGAUUCUGAAAGACGCGCAGGCUAUGGAGUAUCUGGAUAGGCUAUAUGUCAACACGGAGCGGCGGAUCCAGGAGAGAAUCGCAGCAGAACAGGCCGCAGCGGCGACGGCUUCUGCUCCUCCUCCACCUGCACCUGCCCCUGCUCCGAUGCAGUACUACUAG